AUGUCUGCUGUUCAACUCAAAUUUGCCCUGCGCACCUCCUCCAACGUCAAGACCGUCCAUCUGCUCGGCUCUUGGGACAACUACUCGCGCCAGAUUCCUCUCUCGCGCGAUGACUCGAAAUCCGGUUCCUGGGUUGGCAAGUUCCGCUUCCAGACCUCUAUGCUGAAGCUCGGCGGCCGUUACUGGUACUACUACAUCAUGGACGGAUACCACGUCUCGCAUGAUCCCGCUGUCGAAUACACCGUGGAGCCCACCACCGGCCGCAAACUGAACAUCCUCGACGUUCCCGGAGGCAAGGAAUCCUCGUCUAGUCGCCGUACGCGCCGUGGCUCUACCGACAUCGCCACGGGCCGUGCGCUGUCCCCCUCCAAGAUCCAGCACCCCAAGCCCUCCAAGCCUUAUGCGUCGCGCCAGAUCCGCGAGGCUGACUUUGCGCCCAGCGUAGAUGAAAUCACCCGGCGCUUUGCUGGAUCGCGCAUGUCCGACGAGUACUCGUACUCCAACAGCCCCCCCAGCUCUGUUGGCUCGUCCCUGUCUUCCCGGUCCUCGGGCAGCACCUCCCCCUCCUCAUUGUCGUCCAUGUCCGAUCCCCCAUCGGUCUGCCACUGCGAGCGCUACGGAAUCACGCGCAAGGGUGACCGUGUCAAGCUUGACUGCGGUGGCAGCCGGUGCGGCUACGCGACUGAAUCCUCCGAGGAUAGCUGCUCCGAGGAAUCCGACAGUGAUGAGGAAUACCGGCAUGCGCGCCGAGCCGUGCGCCGCCAGGGUAUUGUUGUCCGCCGUUAA